AUGCGCCGCGAAUGGCGGCAGAUGAGCUGCGUCGAGAAACGGCAGUUCAUCCAGGCCGUCAAAUUUUGGGACUGGACCAAGGACUCCGAUACUCUUGCGUACUCUCCCCUGUUAAACGAGCUGCCCGGCUUCGGCAGCGACGGUAACCCGCAGGCCGACUUCGCCAACGGCACCCACGGUGGCUAUUGUGUGACCGACGGCAACUUUGCCAAUCAUAUGGCGGCCAUUGAUUAUAUCGAUACCUCCAGAGUGACCCCUUCGUCCCAUUGCGUCUCCCGCCGCUUCGAUCCUGAAGACCCUGAAGGCCGCCACUCCGGCGCCCUCAUAACCCGGAGUACUAUCUCGGAUAUUAUCGCCCUGCCUGACUUUGCUAGUUUUUCCGAUGCGAUGCUGAAUGAAACUACCGGCCCGGCAGUUGUCGUCCCUAACUGGAUGCAGGGUGAUAUGGCCCAAUAUACGGCGCCCAACGAUGUGCUUUACUUCUUGCAUCUAACACAGGUCGGCCGUCUCUGGUGGGUUUGGCAACACCAGGUCACAGCGUUGCGUCUGAACGAUUACACCGGCCGCCGCCGGAACGACUAA